CUCCUGAGAAUUUCACUGAAGAGGAAGAGGCCGCAGGGAAACCACUGAGGGGGAGAGAUUAUUCAAGCUUGAAGAGCUAUGAUGGCGGUCAACAAGGGCCCAACCUUGCUGGAUGGAGACCUCCCUGAGCAGGAGAAUGUGUUGCAGCGGGUCCUGCAGCUGCCGGUGGUGAGCGGCACCUGUGAGUGUUUCCAGAAGACCUACACCAGCACCAAGGAAGCCCACCCGCUGGUGGCCUCUGUAUGCAAUGCCUACGAGAAGGGUGUACAGGGCGCCAGCAGCCUGGCGGCCUGGAGCAUGGAGCCGGUGGUCCGCAGGCUGUCCACCCAGUUCGUAGCUGCCAACGAGCUGGCCUGCCGUGGCCUGGACCACCUGGAGGAAAAAAUCCCAGCCCUCCAGUACCCUCCUGAAAAGAUCGCCUCUGAGCUGAAGGACACCAUCUCUACCCGCCUUCGCAGUGCCCGGAAUAGCAUCAGCGUGCCCAUCACCAGCACUUCGGACAAGGUCCUGGGGGCCGCUCUGGCCAGCUGUGAGCUCGCCUGGGGGGUAGCCAAAGACACUGCCGAGUAUGCCGCCAACACGCGAGCCGGCCGGCUGGCCUCUGGAGGGGCUGACUUGGCCCUCGGUGGUGUUGAGAAGAUGGUAGAGUUCCUCCUCCCUUCAGCCAAGGAAGAGUCAGCCCCUGCUCCAGGACAGCAGCAGGCCCAGAAGCCCCCCAAAGCCAAGCCGAGCCUCAUGCACAGGGUUGGGGCCCUGGCCAACACCCUCUCUCAACACACCUUCCAGACCACAGCCCGGGCACUGAAGCAGGGCCACGCCCUGGCCAUGUGGAUCCCAGGUGUGGCACCCCUGAGCAGUCUGGCCCAGUGGGGCGCGGCGGCCGCCAUGCAGGUGGUGUCCCGGCGGCAGAGUGAGGUGCGGGUGCCCUGGCUGCACAGCCUUGCCGCCCAGGAUGAGGACCACGAUGACCGGGCAGACACGGAGGGAGAGGAGACUGAGGAGGAGGAGGAAUCUGACACCGAGGAGAACAAGCUCAGCGAGGUGGCAGCCCUGCCCAGCCCGCAAGGCCUCCUGGGCAGCGUGGCCCACGUGCUGCAGAAGGCCGCGGGGAGCACCAUCUCAGCCGUGAUGUGGGCGCCUGCGGCUGUGCUGGGCUCGGCGGCAAGGAUGCUGCGCCUCACCCCGGCCCGCGCCGCCUCCCCCAUCAAGGGGAGGGCCAUGUCCCUGUCAGACGCCCUGAAGGGCGUCACUGACAACGUGGUAGACACGGUGGUCCACUACGUGCCGCUCCCCAGGCUGUCGCUGAUGGAGCCCGAGAGCGAAUUCCGGGACAUCGAAGAGGCCGAGCGCCGGGAGGCGGAGCGCAGGGCUUCUGGGGCGAGCCCCGAGCCCGCGCCGCGCCCCCCGCAGCCCCGCGGCAGCCUGCGACCCGCCCGCAGUGCCGCGGCGCCCCCCGGCCCGGGGCCGGAGGACAGGGCGGACGCGCCCGCCGCGCCGCGCCCGGCCUUCCCCGCGGUGGCCCGCGAGAAGCCAAGGCGCAGGGUCAGCGACAGCUUCUUCCGGCCCAGCGUCAUGGAGCCCAUCCUGGGCCGCGCGCAGUACAGCCAGCUGCGCAAGAAGAGCUGAGCCCCGCGCCUCCGCCCGGCCGCCCGCCCGCCGCCCGGAGGGCGAGGCCCGGACCGGCUCUCCGCACCGCCGCCGAACCUGCACUUCCGAGUGAGCGGGGCCUGCUUCCAAGUAGUCCCCUGGGAACCCGAGUCUCAUUCCCGCGGCGCUGCCGAGGCACGCAUUAUCUUUUUAGCACCGUUUUGGGGCUUAGCUGUCCGAACCUAUUUUUAAGAAGCGUCAGAGCAGCAGCUUGCUUUGGCUCUAUGCCUUGUUGUUCUGUUUUGUUUUGUUUUUUAACCAAAGGAUUAAGCGCCUGACUUGAGCUCUCACUUCUUUAACCAACGUGUGGCCAAAUGACAUUUGACUGUUUCCAAAAUUUAGAUCCAUCCUCCGUAGACAAAGAUUAAGCAGGGGGCGCCUGGGUGGCUCAGUCGUUAGGC